CGAAAAUUUUUGAAUGGUUUUCUCUUUUCUCUCUCGCUUUUCUGCUUAGUGUUUACAAACGUUGUAUUGUACCUAAAAUUGACAACUAACAAGAUUCUUACAAAGGACAUCUUAUUAAAUUUCUGGAGUACACUUUUUUCUUCUCAACUAGCAACAUCUUACAACUUCACUUAUCGGUGUCCGCUAGUACUUAAUUUUGUUCAGCAGUUUGUUUGUUUGUCAGCCAGUUUGUCAGAUCAGCACGGGACCAAGGACAGUAAAGUCUGAACACUUACGUUUUGCGCAGAAUUUGGUUAUUUUCUGCUUUUCGAGUUUCGAAAAAUGUUGUUGAGAUUCUACUUGGACGAGAAUAACACUCGGGUGUACACCCUGAAAGCACUCGAUCCUGAUGGAAGACCUACUCACACCGCUCAUCCAGCGAAAUUUUCUCCGGAAGACAAGUAUUCCCGUCAGAGAAUUACCAUCAAGAAGCGUUUUGGCCUGUUACUAACCCAAAACCCCAAAAUAGCCGAGGAGUAAACGAUACGGCUAUAUCGACUGAAAUUUUGGCUGUUUUUGGAAGAACGAAAGGGAAAGACCGUCGUUUUUCUUGGUCUUUGGUAGCUUAUUGCAGUGGGUUGUUUCGCGUUAAUGUCGUUUAAAUACGGUAUUGUUCAAUCCGUGAACGUCUUCACAGGUUCUACCGUUCAACCAUGCCGUUUAUAACAUUUCGAUAGUAAAUUGGUGGAAGACUACUUAAUUAAAAUCCUGCUGACCAUAAGUUUUACAGUACCAU